CGUCAUUUCCCUCACUCAUCCGAAAACCCUAAUAAUAAAUAAGUAGACUAACUCCCCUCCUUCAACUCAAACAUCACACAAGAAAGCAGAAGAGUUCAGAUCUUCGCCGCCGCCUACCUCCCUCUCCCUCCCAUCUCCCCGCAAAAUCAACAAACAUGUCUUUGGUAGCGAACGAAGAGUUUCAACACAUUCUGCGUGUGUUGAAUACCAACGUUGAUGGAAAGCAGAAGAUACAGUUUGCUAUGACUUCAAUCAAAGGUAUUGGAAGAAGAUUUGCUAACAUUUGUUGCAAGAAAGCUGAUGUUGACAUGAACAAGAGAGCUGGUGAGUUGACUGCUGCUGAAUUGGAGAACAUUAUGACUGUGGUUGCCAACCCUAGGCAAUUCAAGGUCCCUGAUUGGUUUUUGAACAGAAAGAAGGAUUACAAGGAUGGCAAGUUUUCUCAAGUUGUUUCAAAUCAACUGGACAUGAAGUUGAGGGAUGAUUUGGAGCGCUUGAAGAAGAUCAGGAAUCACCGAGGUUUGAGACAUUACUGGGGUCUUCGUGUUCGUGGACAGCAUACCAAGACUACUGGACGCAGAGGAAAGACCGUUGGUGUCUCUAAGAAGCGUUAAAGUGUUUCUGUUUUUGUUUGCAGAAGAGAAGUUAUCAGGGAAAGAAAGUUUAAAUUUCGUUUAGACAUGUUUGCAAUGUUUCAUGUUUGUUAUUUUCUGUUACAAAAUUUUGUUGUUUCCAUGACCUGGUGAUGAGUUACAUGGUUUUAUAAGUUGCCAAGAUGUUUAAUAGGGAUGUUGAAAUUAUUUAUGUGCUUUUUAGUAGUGAGUUUUUGGAAGGAGAUAAUUGAAGUUUAUCUAUUAUAUUCAGAUGCACUUAA